ACAGGAGAGUACGUUAUUGUUAAUACGUGUAGAGAGAGAAAGAGAGAGAGCCGUGACGAGUUGAGCCACGGUUGUACGGCAUCUAACUCAAUGGUCUCUUCCUUUUAACGCGUCAGCAAAUGGAGAAUCAUGACCAGUCGAUUAUCGUUUCCCCCGGCGAAUCGAGGGCCGGCAAAACGGUCUCCGCAAAGUACACCAUGCGGUAUUUCGCGACCGUCGGCGGAUCGGCAACGGAGACGCAGAUCGAGAAGAAGGUUCUCGCCUCGUCGCCUAUCAUGGAGGCGAUCGGUAAUGCGAAGACUACCAGGAACGACAACUCCUCUAGAUUCGGAAAGUUUAUCGAGAUCCAGUUCAACAAGAACUAUCACAUCACCGGCGCGAGCAUGAGGACCUACCUGCUAGAGAUCGUGGUGUUCCAAGCGAACGAGGAGCGAAACUAUCAUAUCUUCUAUCAGAUGUGCUCGGCGGCGAAGCGUCUUCCACAGCUGCACCUGUCUGACCAGGAUCAGUUCCACUAUCUUAAUCAGGGCAACAACCCCAGGAUCGUCCACGGCGUGGACGAUCUCGUGUACUUCGAUGAGACGAUAAGUGCACUGACGAUGCUCGGCUUUACGUCCAAACAGCAGGACGACAUGCUGCGCAUACUGGCGGCCAUUCUACAUCUGGGUAACGUAGAUAUAAGCAGUUGCGUGAUCAAGAACGCGAAGGACGGCGAAGUGGACACCGAGUCCAGCCACAUUUCACCGUCGGACCGGCACCUACUUGUUCUCUCCGAGCUGCUGGGCGUCGAAGUGAGCGCGUUGCGCAAGUGGCUGUGCCAUCGGAAGAUCGUUUCGACACGAGAGGUCUUUCUGAAGUCUAUGACCGUGGAGCAGGCGAUCGGCGCGCGGGACGCCCUGGCCAAGCACAUCUAUGCCGAGCUCUUCAACUGGAUCGUGACUAACAUCAACAGCUCCCUGCAGUCACCCUAUCAGGCGCACUGUUUCAUCGGCGUACUGGACAUUUACGGCUUCGAAACGUUUGAGAUAAACUCGUUCGAACAGUUCUGCAUCAACUAUGCGAACGAGAAGCUCCAGCCGCAGUUCAAUCAGCACGUCUUCAAGCUGGAGCAGGAGGAAUAUUUGAAAGAGGACAUCGAAUGGACCUUCAUUGACUUUUACGACAAUCAGCCGUGCAUCGAUCUGAUUGAGACCAAACUUGGCAGUCUGGAUCUCCUCGACGAGGAGUACCGCAUGCCGAAGGGUUCGGAUGCCUCCUGGGCAGAGAAGUUGUACACCAAGUGCAUCAAGUCUAAGCACUUUGAGAAACCGCGAUUCGGCACUUCGGCCUUUCUUAUCCAUCACUUCGCCGAUCUCGUGCAAUACGAAACCGUGGGCUUCCUGGAGAAGAAUCGCGAUACCGUAAUCGAAGAACAAGUGGACGUGCUAAGGAGCGGCAAAAACAAACUGCUCAGGAGGCUGUUCUCUGAAGAGGACCCCAAGCUGACAGUGCCGCAUACAAGAGUGAAAGUGUCCGCUCAGAAGAUCGUGCCGACGAGCGCAGCGAACAAGCAGAAUAAAAAGAUGGUCGGCUCGCAGUUCCGUGAUUCCCUCAAUAUGCUGAUGGCCACGCUGAACGCUACGACUCUGGGUCUUCAGAGAUACGGCAGGGGUUACAUCGCACGGAAAAAGGCAGAGGCAAUGAGGAGGGAGAGAGCGGCAGUGAAGAUCCAGGCGCGUGUCAAGGGCUGGCUGCAGAGGCGAUGGUACUUGCAGGUGAAACGGACGAUUCUUGGUCUGCAGACGCGCGGCAAGGGCAACAUGGCUCGCGCCAGUACACUCUCGUUGUUGGUCGGCCGCCGGAAAGACGAGUUUGCGAAAGGCAGCCAACUCAUGAAGAACGUUCAAAACGAGAUGAUAGAUUUGAUGUGCGAGCUAGAAAGCCUGAAAUCCGCUGUCGACGCUGAGAAUAAGAAAUUAAACUGAGUGGUGCAAGACAAAGAGAGGGAGUUGAAAAAGAUGGAGGAAACUCUACAGCGGGAGAAGGACGAGAAGAUGGAUAUAUUGCACGAUAAAGAAAGAAGUGCUCUGCAGAAGGACGCGGAGAAUAGGAAGCUGCAGGAGGAGAUUGAAAGAUUACGGAAAGAACUCUCGAUAGCAACCGAGAAAUUGAAGAGCAACCAGCGCGGUGCUGAGGAGAAUCUAAAGUAUCGACUCGAGCAGGAGAAAGAUCUGUUCCUGCUGGAGCAGGACCAGGACCAGGAUGUCUCUUCUAAUGCUAUCAAAGACGAAUGCGAGGAACGCUUUUCUUAUGUAAAUGCCGUACCCAACGCGGUGGAAUACGCGAAUGGCUGCGUCGCUCUUUCCGGGACUCAUGGAGACGGAAGUAACAUGCCUAUCAUUCGCAAAAAGGAGAGGGAUUACGAAGAAAUGUUCGAAUUCAGGAAGGAGGAUAUCAACGUCAUCAUACGCCACAUGGUCAUCGAGCUGAAGCCCCAAAUAGCGGUGACGCUAUUACCAGGCUUACCGGCCUACAUUCUCUUCAUGUGCACCAGACAUGCCGAUUGCAUCAACGAUGACGAGAAGGCACAGUCGCUGUUGAUCGAGUACCUGAAUGCCGUUGAACACGUGCUGAAGAAACGCGACGACUUCGACUCCAGAGUGCUUUGGCUCAGCAACACCCUGCGUUUGUUGCACAACAUGAAACAAUACUCCGGCGACAAGAUCGAGAACACGCCCAGGCAGAACGAGCAGCGCUUGAGGAACUUCGACCUGAGCGAAUUUCAUAUUGUACUGAGUAACACGGCUCUCUGGAUCUUCAACGAUCUCAUCACGAAUCUCAAGGAGAGGAUUCGAGCCCUCACAGUACCAGCCUUGCUGGAGCACGAGGCGAUAUCCGGUCCGACCGACAAGGCCGGGCGACCCAGGUCGUCGUUUAUGGGCGGCGAGCCGGAUUCCACGCAGCAGAAGCUGCGCAAGGUGUUCAGUGCGCUUCUGGGCGAGCUGACAUCGGUGCACACGACGCUACAGUAUCAUGGCGUGGAUCACGAGGUUGUGGUGCACCUGUUUAAGCAAUUGUUUUACUUCAUAUGCGCCAGCGCACUGAACAACCUACUGCUGAGGAGCGAACUCUGCCGAUGGAGCAAGGGUAUACAGAUAAGGUAUAACAUUACCCAUUUGGAGCAGUGGGGCAGGCACCGACGGCUAGAAACCGCGUUAGAAGCGCUGCAGCCCAUCAUACAGGCGUUGCAGCUUCUGGAAGCACGGAAAACGGACGAGGACGUUAAUUAUGUCUGCAAGAUGAGUUAUAAACUGACGGCCAAUCAAAUAGUGAAAAUUCUAAAUCUGUACACGCCCGUCUACGAUUACGAGAGUCGAAUUCCGGUUUCGUUUAUCAAGAAAGUACAAGACAAGCUGAAGGAGCGCGGCGAGAACAACGAACAACUGCUAAUGGCUCUAGAGUAUUCCUAUCCCGUAAGAUUCUCAUUCAAUCCGUCAGAUAUUCGACUUGAAGAUAUCAAGGUACCGGAGGUGCUUCAAUUACCCAUGCUCAAGAAGGUGUAACGCAGACCAGGCACGAUCCUGGUCAAGAUCCCCGCUCCACUGUACUGUACUGUGUGUCUUUAGUUGAGAACGUUGUACGCGAAUAACCGAAACACGCUUAGUCCAUUUGUUCGUACAGGAAGUUUGUGAUACCGGUAAUCCGGCUACGUUUAGACGUAGACGUAUCGAGAGCGGCCCAUCGAUAUCACGUUUUAUAUAUUUCUUUUUUACUCGGGUAAUUUGUAGAUUUUACGAUAUGUCGUAUUCCUAAUCGCUAAUUCGAAGUCAAUUUCCGUUGCGUAGGUAGACGAUUAGGUCUCGGUAAGCGAGAGAAAGAGCGAUAUUUUCGAUUAUUGUUACUGUAUAGCGUUGUACGUCGAGUUGUGAAGGAGGCACGAGUACGAAGCUCCUACAAGGAUUUUUUUAAUUUAUAACUCUUUUAUUACUACAUAUUAUUUAUGUUAAAGAUGAUUAAUAGUCUCAGAGACACAGAUCUCGUGUGAAUCCGUUCUUCCUUCAAGUGCGUUAAUGAAAAUUACAUUAUUGUAUAUUAUUGACACAGUUGUCAGUCUUUCCAAUUCUAACGUAGACAGCAAAAACACUUCUAAUAAAUUUAGCUUGUAAAAUUUGUAUUAAAUCAUAUUGUAUUUUUUCAAGCUUCAAAUUUUUUAAUUUCAAAUUUUGAAUUUCUUACAGUUCAUUAUUUCUAAGAUUAAUAAACUGGAUCGAGAAUAAGGAGUAAAAAAUAUGACUUUAGUUGCU